AUGGGAAGUCUCUGUAAUAAAAGUUAUAUUGAGCGUCCUAACCCAAGAAGAUCAACGAAACGCCAAACAUAUACUGUUAGCAUUAAGUCGUUGUAUAAAAUUGGUAAAAUAUUAGGGACAGGGACGUUUGGCAUAGUUAGAAUAGGCAGACCGAAAUCAAAUCCAAACCAUAAGGUUGCGAUAAAAACAAUAGAUAAAAGCUUGGUAAAAAAUCUUGACAAAAUGAGAGUCGAGGUUGAAAUUUUGGUAGGUCUAGAUCACCCUAAUAUAGUAAGACUUUAUGAGAGCUUUGAAGAUGAUCGAUAUUUUCAUAUAGUUAUGGAGCUAUGUGAAGGAGGCGAAUUGUGAGAUAGCAUAUUAUCUAAAGGACAUUACGAAGAGAAAGAUGCUGCUGAAAUAAUGAAGAAAAUCCUAACUCCCCCCAUUUAAUAACGAACAAAACCGUCAUUUUUUUUUCCUAAAAUUUUUUUCCUUAGGCCCCAUUUAAUAACGAGCAAAAUUUACAAUAAAAUUUAUAUAAGCUAAUUUAGUCUUUAUAGUUUACUAAUUUUAAGUAGUUAGAAUAAGAUAAGGACAAAUAUAAUCGAGCAAAGAAUAAUAAAUAAGAGCUAAUAAGUUAAUAGUGGCUUAAUCUUAAGCUGAUGCUUUACUCCCCCGCUCCGUGAGCGAACAAAACAAUUUCGUUCGCUUACGAAGGGGGUUAAUUUUUUUGUAAAAAAUUUUUAUAAAUUUUAUAAGCAAUUUUUUUUUUCGAAAUUUUAAAAAAAUCCUAAAAACUGGAAAGCAAAUAUUAAUUGAAUUUGUAGAAUUUAUGUUUUAAAACGUAAUUUAUUUAAAAUUAAACAGAAUUAGCUCCAGAUUUCAUUAUAAUAAUUAUCAUUUAUAUAUCAAAAUUUUUUCCAUAAAAAAAUUUUUCUAUUAAAAAAAAUUUUAUUCGCUAACGGAGGUGAGGGAUUUUUCUAAUGGUUUUGUUCGCUCACGGAGGGGUGGGGAUUUAGCAAUAGUUAUCUUUUCGCUUUCAUUUAGGCGCUUUCUCUUUCUGUUGCCAUCAUUUGAAUCCUUUUAUUAUUAACUCUUUAAAUGAAAUUUUUAUAUAAAACAUUCAUAGAUAUAAAUAUAAAUUUUAUAUAUAUUUUUUUCUAAAAAAUUUUGAAAGUUAGACCCCAUUUAAUAACGAACAAAAAAAUUGUUCGUUAUUAAAUGGGGGGGAGAGUAAGAGUUGUAAAUCAUUUGCAUAAAACCAAUAUAUGCCAUAGAGACUUAAAACCUGAAAACUUCAUGUUUGAUAGCAAAGAGCCUGACGCAGAAUUAAAAUUGAUUGACUUUGGCUUAUCACAAAAAUUUGGAAAUAAAGGCAAAAACAUGAAAACAAUUGUUGGAACACCAUAUUAUGUAGCUCCAGAAGUCCUUAAAGGAUCAUAUGGAUUUUUAUGUGAUAUGUGAAGUGUAGGAGUGCUAAUGUUUAUACUCCUUUGUGGUGAACACCCAUUUUUAGGGAAAAAUCAAGGAGAACUCUAUUCAAAGAUUCUAAAGGGAAAAUAUGAAUUUAGUUCAAGUCAGUGAUCAAAAGUAAGUACGCAAGCAAAAGAUUUGAUUAGUAAAAUGCUUGCAUUGGAACCAAAACAUAGAGUAACUGCAGAAGAAGCAUUAAAACAUCCUUGGUUUGGCUUUACAGAAGCUAAUAAAAUUCAUCUAAAUCCUACUAUCGUUGAUUCACUGAGGAAUUUUAAGAUUUCCAGCAAUUUCCAAAAAGAAAUUUUAGCAUAUGUUGUGAAUGAGUUAACCCAUGAGCAAAUCAAAGAUUUAAAAGAAGCUUUCAAUAGCCUAGAUGCCCAAAAAAACGGAUUUAUUACUUUAUCAGAUUUCAUUACAGUGCUAAUUACCUCAGAUGAUAGUCCGAAAAUAAAAGAAAUUGAAGCCACAUUUCACAAUUUAGACUUUAAUCAGGACGGAAAAAUUAAUUAUUCAGAAUUUUUGACUGGGACUUUAGCCACAAAAAAUAUUAUAAAUGAAGAAAAGUUAUGGUCAGCAUUCCGACACUUUGACCCAAAUGGGACUGGAAAAAUAACAGCAGCUUCAUUAAGAAGUGCUUUAAAACGAGCUGGAAAAAUAAACGUUGAUGCUUCUCAACUUAUAAGCGAAGUCGAUUAUGAUCAAGAUGGGGAAAUUAGUUUUGAUGAGUUUAGGAGAAUUGUUCAAGGCAGGUAA